AUGCUGGCUUUUCUCGUAUGUGGGCUUACCCUUUUGUUCACACCUAACGGUAAGUUUGAAGACGCCAUUAUGUUCUCCCGGCUCGAGGCUUUUUUGGACCAAAAAAAUAAUCCGUGAUCAUCAUACUAGAUAUUUAACGUUGAUGUAUUCUAUGAUUGUAUAACAUGAACGAAAAUGUAUAGAAACGUAGAUUCGACGAAUUUUUACUUAUUCAGUGAAAUUACCUUUAACAGUUUUUCUAUCCAACUGCCUAUAUACGAAAUUUAAAUUAUGGCACCCCAAUAGAUAUUCGAAACGAACGCAUCGAUCCGCGUUGCGGUUGCUUGUGACAGUAUAAUUUACCCCCUUUUAAGCUAUAUCAACCAUUCAUUCAGUUGUUGGUGAUAAGAACCAUGCUCAGAGAGUUAUGUUUCAAGCAAGUGCAGCUUGAUUAACAAAUAAUGCGUGGUCCUUUGUAAUUUUUAUUUUUUUUGGCAAAGCUCAUGAACUGGCUUUUUCAGUCAUAUUUUAAGUAUCUAUUCUGCUCGCUUUUAAACGGUAUAUUCACAACAGUUUGGUGACACCAACUACAGGGGAGCCUUGAUAUAAUGAAUGACUAAGGGACUGCCAUGGAAAUAUGUUCGCUAUAAAUAUGUUUCCUUUAGAUAUCAAGGUUCUUUUACAUAAAUUCUACUAUUACUGGGGCGAAGAAUAUCGCUCGCGCGACAAACCCGCGACGGCGAGGCACAACGCGCUGUAGAAAGCUUCAUCAAACCGUGAGUAAAAUAGAUAUUUUGAGAAUGGACCUUUAGAGCCAGAGAAAUCAACGCAUUUUUGGUAAUUCAAAAAAAAAAAAAUUAAAUGAUCAGAGAACUGUUCCAAGAUAUUUUGAUGGACGCUGUUGAGACGUUAUUUCCUAUUCAACCAAGCCUUGAUUCAAUUGAUUCGUUGAGUAGAAUUUUCCAUGUUUUUGAAACCUUCGUUUUGUUCUCUGACACACAGUUAAUUCCUGUCAAAAUAUCUUUUACCUUUUUUACUUAGGAAUAAGACGAUAGGAAGAGAUAUUAACAAAUACUUUAAACGGAGUUAUUCUCUGUUCAGUCCAGUCAGUGCUUUAGAAAUUCAAGAACACACCUUUUCUGAGAAGAAAAACGGUCAAUUAUCAUAAAUACAACAUUUUCUAAACCGCACAUCUUUCAUUAAAAUAACUCCCUUUUAUGGGAGCGAAUAAAACCAGACGUUAUCGAAUCACAAAUACUGUGUAAAAAAUGAGCUUUAGAAUAAGAUUCUAAUUUUAGACGCCGUAUGGGGUUGGUGUCCGUAAAUUAAACUUUUUAAAAUAUAUCAAAGCGAGAUAUGCCCUUUUCGCGAUCAAAAAGUGUUGAGUUUCUUUUUCAUCAGUUGCAUUUUAAGUUUUUAUGAUACACUGGAAAAGUGUUAUUGGCCAGGCUUGUUCACUUAUGUUCAGGAUUUACAAAAUUAACGAUUUUUCGCGAUGGCCUUUCGCAAACUGCAAAAUUUACAAAAUUAACGAUUUUCGCCGAACGAAAAGUGGCGCUGCGGAUCUUACAACUGAUUCUAUUUAAUUUUGGGGGUCCAAGCGGGGAAGUUUAAUAGAUAAGAGGCGUUUGAAAGAGAUCGAGAGGCGUUUAUUUUGUUGUUAUUGUUGUUGUUUUUGUUUCUAGCUUGCAAAGUAAGAGAUACCAAGCCAGACGAAAGCUUAACUGAGGUAAAAAGAGAAAACGAUGGGGGGGGGGGGGUUUGGUGAAAAGAAGUUUCUCGUUUGACAUCUCGCUUGGCUUUAAAACCAAAAAUGAAAAACACUGCAAACAAGUAGAGUUGUUGCCAGCAAAUUAGCAACAAAUGGGGAUGCCGGAGUAGACAAGGACUGCAAUUUAAGCUUUCGUUCGCAACCGAAUGCUUCCGCGGUUUGCUCUCCUAAGCGAUUUUUUUUGUCUGGGAUCUCAAUCGUUAAUAUUUUCUGUUGAAACUGAAGUCACUAGCAGGUGAUCUCUCAAAACCUCCUUAACAGCCUGGGCCGGCAUGGAGUCAUACUCGAGUCGGUUUAAUUUACACGUAGGUGUAACUCGACCUGAUGUUUAUUCAAUAGGGAAGGAGGGAGACUUAUAGAAGAGAAUGAGAGAGGCCGAGCAUAACGCUUCGGAAUAAAAUAAAGUUACUGACAAUGAAAUGUAUAAAUUGACUACUUUCAGAGUGAAUAACUCAACAAGUUUGACUUUCGGAGAAUCUUCAGUGGAGAAUUAAAAUAUUAAAAUAUUUUAAUUUCUUUUUUUCCCUUACUAUGUAAAACAACUUUUUCAGCUUUUUGAAGGUUUAGGUCAAGUAGACUUAAAACCUACCUAAGACUUCUCUGGCAGUACAACCAGGAAUUGAUCCCUAGUCUUUCAAGAUACCUUUAGAAACUAAAACAAUAAUCAGCUGCAACAGUUUUAAUUAUCAGGAAUAGCAAACUCAAGUAUCGUGUUGAAACUAGGCUUGCCUUCCCUGGACAAAUAAAUAAAAUCGCUAUCAUUUAAUACCAGCUAUGAAAAAACUGCAGCAUCUUUUACACUUAUAUGUGGGAUUGAACUACUAAUUCUAAUUCUUCUUAAUAACCAAGACAAAGUAACAUGAUAUCUGACACGUAAGACAGAUAAUGAUCUUGAUCUUGAUAUGUGUCUUGUCUCUCGUCAAUAGCGUAACUUUACAAUUUUAGUCAAGAAACGAAAUUACCUUUUUUUCCCAACCGUCCGAAUGAAGCUCUUCGACUGUCCUCUGCUAAACGCCCUCGAAGAAGACAUUUUGAAGCGGAUUCACUGUUAUCUACUUCGAGCUCUGUCAUUUCAAGCAAGAUUGCGAAGUUCACGUUUAAAUAUUAUAUUUAAACACUAAUAUGAAACAUCUCAGCACCGUUGGCCCUUUAAUAAAUUCAGCCUUGAUUGUCAUAGUUCUGGCAAUAGGAGCCACAUCCCAAAUAAUCGAAGCAGUGUCAACAGUGUGUCAACAGCGAUUGAUAGCAGGACUUGAAUGGUGAAUUAAAAAAAACAUGGCAUGCUAGUGGUCCACCUACAAUAAGAAAAGAAAAAAUGUAAUUGCGAUAAUAUUCUGAGAACCAUAACGCCUCAAUACACCACAAAACAGGAUUUUCCCGCUAUAAUAUUUCCUCAUCGAGGUACAGUCAACUCUCUCUAAGACGGACACCUUUGGGACCGGUACUAGCUGUCCGUCUUAGAGAGAGUCAAAUAAAGGGAGCAAAGAAAGGCAGGAACCAACUCUAGGAACCGUUUUACGGAGGUGUCCGUUAAGAGAGGAUCGACUGUAUUUCCUUUUUAAUACGCAUGCAUAAUUACACGAAAAUUAAGGGCCUCGAAUCGGGGAAAAUUACAUCAUUGCCAAACAGCUAGAAACGAGAUAAACUUACAUGCGUCAUUUCAGUCACCGCCGAAAAUAAACCGCAUGUUCAUCACGAGACUCGUUUGCAUACAACAAAAGCCGUCACGAUUCUUAUCCCCAGUUUCCACGGUCUCCGCUAAGAACGCCUGGGACCAUGGCUGACCAAUUGAGGAAGACCGACGAAAAAACAAAAACAAAAAAACGCAUGCAUUUUAAGAGUCUCGCUCUGUAAAAAAAGGUCGACUAAUAACCAAUACGAAACAUCAAGGUUUUGAAAUUAGCAAAAAGAUAGUAUCUUCAUAUCCCAAUUGCCCCUCGAGUAACACGAUAUCUGACACGUAGACAGAUAAUGAUCUUGAAUCUUGAGUUGUGUCUUGUGUUUCGCCAAUAGUGUAAUGUUACAAUUUUAAUCAAGAAACAAAAUUACGUUUUUCUUUUUAUACAACCGUCCGAAAUCAGCUCUUGGAUUUUCCUCUGCUAAACGCUCUUACAGAAGACUUUUUGAAGCGGACNAAACAGCUAGAAACGAGAUAAACUUACAUGCGUCAUUUCAGUCACCGCCGAAAAUAAACCGCAUGUUCAUCACGAGACUCGUUUGCAUACAACAAAAGCCGUCACGAUUCUUAUCCCCAGUUUCCACGGUCUCCGCUAAGAACGCCUGGGACCAUGGCUGACCAAUUGAGGAAGACCGACGAAAAAACAAAAACAAAAAAACGCAUGCAUUUUAAGAGUCUCGCUCUGUAAAAAAAGGUCGACUAAUAACCAAUACGAAACAUCAAGGUUUUGAAAUUAGCAAAAAGAUAGUAUCUUCAUAUCCCAAUUGCCACUCGAGUAACACGAUAUCUGACACGUAGACAGAUAAUGAUCUUGAAUCUUGAGUUGUGUCUUGUGUUUCGCCAAUAGUGUAAUGUUACAAUUUUAAUCAAGAAACAAAAUUACGUUUUUCUUUUUAUACAACCGUCCGAAAUCAGCUCUUGGAUUUUCCUCUGCUAAACGCUCUUACAGAAGACUUUUUGAAGCGGACUGUUAUCUACUUUGAGCUCUAUCAUUUCAAGCCAGAUUGCAAAGUUCGCGUGUGAAUAUUUUAGCACUGUAUGAUCAUGAAACAUCUCAGCACCGUUGGCUUAAUAAAUUCAGCUUUGAUUGUCAUGGUGCUGGCAAUAGAAGUCAUAUUACCAAAAAUGGAAGCACUGUGAACAGCGAUUGAUAGCAUGACUUGACUGGUGAAUUCAAAAACAUAGCAUGCCAGUGGUCCACCUACAAUAAGGAAGAAAAAAUGUUUGUUAAACUCACUAAUCGAAUCGAUCAAAAACAAACAACAGUAGCUGAAAACAAACUUUUCACGUUAGAGAAAUACGAACCUCUAAAUAAUUCACCCAAUUUGCCAGUAGCCAGGAAUAUUCUCAGUCCUAGUUCAACAGUAUGAACAGGAGAAAAUUACGCGUCACGAUUGUUACCCUAGAAACGAAAAACACAUUUUAGUCAUCUGACUUAUUGAACAGCACAAAGACAACGACAACGACUUAAAGAUGCGGCUAUGCUGUCGAAUACCGAAUAGCUAAGAUUUUUAUCAUUGUUGUAAAUGGUCGAAUCACCAAUAUUCACGAGGUUAUCUACUUUAAUGAAAUACGUCUCAAAAACUACAAUACUUAGUAAGCAGGAAGGAUGUAUCAUGUUGUUCAUUUAUUCAUGUUUUUUUUUUUUUUGGCCGGAACGAAAGGGUCUGUUGAACUUUGUGAGCGAGAGAAUAAGGCGUGUUUACAGAAUUAACAAUACUCGGUACAACUUCCAAAAAAAUAAGCUUCCUUUCAAACAUAUAAAACCACAAUUUAUAGACCGCAUAGUUUCGAAUUAAAGUCUAUAUCUAAUUAUCAAUUAUUGUUUCAUUGGAAGAGCUUUGAAAAUAUAUGAUCAUUUAUACUCUACCUUGAAGCAGGUCAAACAGAACUCAUAAAUACGUGCGUUGUACCGUUCGCGAUAGCCGAAUCCGGUCAGAAAUGUCUUGAAGCAGCAUCCACACUAAAAUAUGAACCCUUUAACAGCUGCACCACUGUACACGGCGUUUGAAUCAUGAAGAUAUAUUUAAUGUAAUGCUUCUAAACACCUGUAGCCGUAAUAAAAGACGAAAAAAUUGUGAAGAAUCAAGAUGGCGGUCUCAAAGAGCUCUUGUUCGACCUUUAGCAAUGCUAUGUUUAAUAGAUGCCAAGAUCUGAUUGGGUCCUAAGCAUCAACUCAUAGUACCUUCAACCUUAUUGGCUCUUGCAACGAACAUUCGAACAUACAAAGCCACAAAGAUACAUACCCUCACACCACUGAUAUAUGAGCUAUUUUUUCAAAAUAGCUCAAAAACGAAAUCCACCAAUCCAAAUCACAAACCAUGACCAUUUUUUUUCUAUGCAAUGAGGUCCGCUAAGCUGUGAAGGCGAGAAAGCGCCGAUUUGGCGUUGCAGAAAAACCCAAAAUCCAAAGACGUUUCAAUUUUUUAAAUCCCAGGUUACCCGAAACAGCUGCAAGCCAAGGAAGCCUUGUAAUAUCGAAUACUGUAAAUGACAUAAUAAACGCCCUGGGCAUCUACUUAAUUUUUGGGGUCCACAAGGAGGCGUUAAAUAUAUAGGAGAAAGAGGUGGAGGGGCGUUUAUCCUCAAAACUGUAACAAGCUCAACAAAACUAAAAUGCUUUCGGCAAAAAUAUCAAGGGGGUUACAAAAAUGAAGGAAUAUCCACUCCAUCCAUUGAUACCUCUAGGUCGUCUACGGAUCCAUAUCGCUCUUUUCAUGAUCCCAGCAUCGUUGUCAGAAUCCUCGCUCAAGCCUGGUUUUCACUAGCGCAUAAACAUUAGCAUAUGGGCACAAGCACAUGUGUAAGCAAGUGAGAACACUUGUGCUUAUGCUUAUGCUUACGUCGUAGCUUUGACUAGUGAGAACGGGGUCGACAUAUUCACAAGCUAAGAAGAAGACAUUGUCGUCCGCCAUCUUGUUUAUCAUCGGGUUGAGGAGAGCUGGUAUCGAGAAUUGAGUCAAAUAACCAUUCUGCGCGUACGUAUGUCCUUAUGCUUGUACUUAUGCUUAAGUGCUUAUGCUUAUGCUUAUUCUUAUGCGCUAGUGGAAACCAAGCUGUUGUCAUGUCUACUCUAAAUUUGAACUUGAUAUUGAGCAAGAUGAAAUACGCAAAGUCUUGUUAAUCAAGCAAGGAACAUGAUUUGCGUUUUUUUUUUCUGCUGAUUUUGUUGUUGUUGUUUUUUCUUUUUGGUACUAUCUCGUAAAGAAAGAGACACAGCCACGUGAAAGCUUAACUAAGGUAGAAGAGAAAACGAUAGGGAAUGGGGAAACGAGGUUUCUCGUUUGACAUCUCGCGCGUCUUUAAAACCAAAAACGCAAAACACUGCAAAAGAAAUCAACAUCUGACGUAGGCUUGGAGAUAUUUUAUGUGGAUAUUGCGGCUUGUAAAUUAAAGCUUGUUAAAGUCCACUUACUUCCCAAUGUUUAUGGGAAAGCUCUUCAGCUGUCAAGACUUCCCCGCAUGCAUUGCUCGCCCGGCAUGUAAGGUACUCCAAGACAGUAUUGCUUAGAUUCUAAAUUUCUCGCUACAGAUUCCAGAUUCCAGGUGCUAGAUUCCGCAGUCUUUGUCAGUGAAACUUGGGUUCCAGAUUCCAAUUUGGAUACCAUGAUUAAAUUAAGAUACCAGUAAUAGUAGUGGUAGAGUAACAGUAGCAGUAACAGUAGUAGUAGUAGUAGUAGCAGUAACAGUAGUAGUAGUAGUAGUAGCAGCAGCAGCAGCAGCAGCAGCAGCAGCAGCAGCAGCAGCAGCAGCAGCAGCAGCAGCAGCAGCGGCAGCAGCAGUAGUAGUAGUAGUAGUAGUAGUAGUAAAUCGCUUUAUUUGCAUGACCGUAACAUUUGACAUUAUUGCAAAAGCAUAUCAUUCUAUAAACAUUAAUAACAAAACAAGGCUAAUAAUAUUACAUCAAAUUAGCUAAAGUUGUUUAACAUUAUUUAGCUUACAACAAUGAAUCACGUAUGUUCAUACACGAGGAAAUUAACUUCAUUACUAGAGCGGUUUUCACUUGACUGUCGAAAGGGAUUGGUUUUGGUUUUGGUUUUGGUUUUACUACGCCCUUUGGUUGGCUAGUGUAUUUACUUUGGUUUUGGUUUUACGACAGUCAAGUGAAAACCGCUCUAUAGUUUAUUUAUGAAAUACAGUUUGUUAGAGUUCAUCAGAAGUUUAAUGAUUUCAGUAGUCGGUUUCCUUUCAAUGUCAGCUACAAUCUCGCUGAUUUUGCGUGAGAAUACCUUCUCGUCAGCGAAUAGUAUUCCUGACAUUGAAACAAGAAAUGAUUUUCAUCUUCACUUUUUUUGUACUUACACAAUGGACAUAAUCUAUUUUCUCAAAGCAUAUGAUCGAUCUGAUGUCUUCCAAGUUCAAUCAUAAGUUUGUGGUUCGGCUUAUUUUAUACUUCACUAAACUUCUUCUUUCAUUAAAAUUUCUUAACUGGUAUAAAUAAUCGGAUGUAGUGUAUUCAUCUUUAAAAACUUUUUAAAAUUUUAAUUUCUUUGAGUGUUCAAGGCUGUGUAGCCAGAAAGUUAUAUAUUUCUCGUUCAUGUUGUUUGUGUAUCGCCUAAUUUUAUCUAUUCAUGCAGGAUUCAUGGAGUCAUGCAGGAUCUAAAGUGGAUGGACUGUUUUGUUCUACCAUGUUAAUGAAAUUGGUGUAAAAUCCAGAGUUAUUAACAGAGUAAAGAUUCUUUGACAUAAGGAAAAAUUGUUUAACUAUAGAGUCAUUAUCUUUGUUGUUUAGAUAAAUAAAAUAUUUCAUAAUUUUCUCUUUAAUUGGUAUUAUUAGUGGUAAUCUUCCAAGCUCAGCUCUACAAGCUAAAUUUGAGGCUUUAUUGUUCACCUCCAUGUAGCGUUUACAAAACUGGAGACGAAUGUUUUCGAUGGGGGACCUAUUCCAUGUUUUAAAGUCUUGCUUAGUGUACAUCCCCCACACCUCAAUGUUGUAGCUUAAUAUCGGAAAAAUUAUUGCGUCGAAAAUCUGGGAUGCGGUAUUGGAAUGAAGUCUAUUAAGGAGGGUAUGUUUCCGUAUACUGAAGAAGGCAUGUAGGGCUUUUUCUUUUAAGCGUUCAUGUGGAAGAGUAAAGUUUCCAGUUGGAAUUAAACGUGUACGUAGGGUGUAUUGUUGAACAAUUUCAAUGUGCUCGUUUGCCUAUUUUAAAGUUGUUGUCAACAGAUUUCCUUUGGCGUUUUUGAAAUAUCGUUAUCUUUAAAAGUAGGUUGAGUUUGAUCGUCCGGGUGAACGUAGUCCUCAAUAGGACUGUGUUGUUGUUGAUAGUGACUGACGUUUCGACAACCUGUGCGGUAGUCAUCUUCAGAAUCAAAGUGAGUUGUUGAGUUGAGUAGUAUUGAUUCAAUUUUUGGCCCUCCUUCCAAUAAGCGCCCCCUUUCGAAUAAGCGUCCCCCUUCGAAUGUGUUUUUGGUAAUAAGCGCACCCAUUUUAAAACGCGCCCCUAUUCUAAUAAUUUAUUUUAAUAUUAGAGUAAGGGUACGUCGUAUCAAUCGAGGUUCAUCUCCCUCUAAUUGCUCACCAAAGAAGGGUAAUGCCACAUUACAAAAACAGUGGUCUUUGUCUGAGUUUGGCAACUAUUAUGUCCAUAGUUGCAUACAUGUGAGUGCAUAAAUUCUUUAAACGAAUGAUCUCUUCUUCAAAUUUUCUGGCGACUGCUCGGGUGGUAAUUUAUGCGAGUGACAAUGACGCUAUCGACGUCGAAUAGAUUAAUUAAUUAUAUAACUCAUGAACAGUUACCGUUAUAUUGAGCAAUUAGUAUAGGUAAUAGCAUGAUUUGUAGUGAUAUUUGGCAUAAAAAAUUGUUAUACGCAAUUUCACGAGCCGUUAGGCGAGUGAAAUUUGAGACAAUUUUGGAAUAUCACGAGUGGUAUUUAUGCCAAAUAUCACGUGCAAAUCAUGCUAUUAUUUGUUUAUACUACUACCCGCAAAAGGUUUGUAAUUUUCACAUGUAGGUAUUUCAAAUUAAGCUGAAAUACAACUGCUCUAAGCCAAUCAAAUUGCAGAAAUUUCUCAUGUAGUAGUAUAAGGGAGCUUAAGCAGCAACGAUGGUGACGGCUAUGAAAUGUGAAUUCGUGAAUUCGCGCUGCCUCGAAAUUUAUCGCCCUUAUUCCAUCUCGUUUAAUUCGUCAAAUGUUAGCCAAUUUUUCUGGAGUUGAAUUCUAAAGAACUGUAUGACUGUUCAGGAAAAGAAAAAGAAAGUUGUUGUCUUGUGUUCUCGUCCUCGACAAAACGUGAAAUUAGGCACUUUCACGUCGUAGUCUGCUACGACGGCUAAGAAAUGUACAAAAAAGCAUGAUGCACGUGCAAAGCUGUUGUUUUGCUAAUAUAAACCUCUUGCUCUUUUGCCGUCCUCGUUGCCCUCGCUGUCGUCGUUGCUUAAGCUCCCUAUUACUUUUAUUUCCACGCGACAAGGAUCUUUUCGACGGGAUCAACGAAUUGGACGUCGAAGAUACCGCAUCAGAUAGCUUUUAUUUACGUUAUUGAUGUAAGUGACACUGUCAAAGAUAUCGGCGUAGAAAUAGAUUCAAAUUCCCUCACGUUAACUGAACAUUCACCGUAUAUAUUGACUAUAUUUGUUACUGUUACAGUUUCUGUCAUUGUUCCUUUUCGUAAUAAAUAUUAAAGUAUUGUUUUAAACAUUCGUUUCUCCAAAAAGAAAUAAUCGCUGUGCCCAUUACAAUCAAAAUGUAAAACAAACAACACUGAUAAUAAACUAAAAAAUUCAGCUACAUUAGUAACAAUGAAUCACGUAUUUUCAUACAGGAGGAAAUAAACUUCAUAUUUAACUUAUUUACAGUAGUAAUAGUAGGAGUAGUAGUAGUAUGUAGUAGUAGUAGUAGUAGUAGUAGUAGUAGUAGUAGUAGUAGUAGUAGUAGUAGUAGUAGUAGUAGUAGUAGUAGUAGUAGUAGUAGUAGUAGUAGUAGUAGUAGUGGUGGUAGUAGUAGUAGUAGUAGGCAGUUGUUGUUGUUGUUGUUGUUGGUCAAGUAAUAUGUUUUGUUGUUAUUGUUUCAAUAUACAAAAAGCAAUUCAAAGGAUUUGCUAUUUUUUUACGCAGCUUCGUCUCUCAAGUGCCAAUCCUGUGGCCCUGGUGACGCUCCUUGUGAUGGUCCUAAUGUAACAAGCAUCAACUGUGAGGCCUUUGCAGAUAGCUGUAUGACAGUUACCAUGAUGAUGAAUCAUACGAUUGGGGGGCCACAAACCUUUAUAAUGAAAAAUUGUUCACAUUCUACAAUAAUUUGUCAAGAGGAUGGCCCCCGCUAUCGUAAGUGUCAUACACAAGGCAACUUUACGCGGAGGGCCUGUAGUGAACCUCCCCGAAAGAAGGUCCCUCCCUAAAAAUAAACGGGCGAUCCUCGGGAAAUAUUAAACGUAGUUAACCAUAUUAAAACUUAGCCUGUACCGCAGACGAAACCAAACUCUGGUUAAGUCCGUCUGAGAAACAGCGCCGGAAUCCUCGUUCUUCCCCUCCACCCUUUGUACCAGGAUUUGAGUAAGCGCCAGGAUUGAUCAUUGUCAAUUUGCCAAUCAAGAUUAAAGGAAAUUCGAAACGUACUCCCGGUAAUCAGUUGAGUCCGUUGGAGCCGCAGAACAAGGAUAUCGGCGCCACUUCGCAGACGUUUCUAACCGAGGAUAACUUACGACUGCAACGCAGGCUAAUUCAAACUGGGAUUUUUGGAGGUAUUCCUAAGACCGGGGGUACUUCGGAAGCCCCCCUCUAUAACUUAAAUACCGCUCACCGGAUACGUCUAGCAAAACUUACACAACAUAAUGUACUUGCCAUCUCCAGUAUCGAGAUAUAAUUUGAUUGACAAAAUGACGUAAUGUGACGUCAUUGUGAGGUUUAAUUGUUGAAGUUAUUGGCUAAGCCCACAUUUGAACAAGCCUACCCCUAACAUAGCCAUCACGUGAAACAUAUUUUGAUGGAAAAGUGACAGAUAAUACAUUGAACAUCUUAUUUUAAUCUAAGUUUAAGAAAACAUGGCUAUCAAAAAUCAGUUGGCGUGGCAGCGACAAUAUUGACAUGGAAAUGUUCCGAGAUAAAUUUUACGGUUGCUGCCAUUUUGGCACACCACUUGUCACAGGCUCAUCUCGGAAGCAUCUAACCCUCGCCCCUACGGGUUAGGGGGUGAAGACUAGGAAGCCUCCUGGAAACAAAGGAGCUGUGAGAAAGAAUAAGGGAUCAUGGCGUAAAGUAAGGAACAAGUGACUUAAAUACAAGUGAACAAACUGACACAUGAGACAAAGAUAAAACUCGCCAGUAAGACGCGUUGCAGUUAGAUCUCGGGGGAUACUCCCAUAAACUUCGGAUAGGUGUGUGCCACCCAUGGUCUUUCUGACCGUGACCCUUUUAAGGAUAAUAAUACUCCGAAGGAUUGCUCAGUUGUAACGAAUAAUUUGUUUCUCCUGUAGCUGGAAAUUUACGCACUUGAAUUUUAGCUGUCAGAAUUUAGAUACUCUAUCUAAGGAAUAAACUGGGAACACGAUGCCAAAAUGGGCAAAAAUGAUACCCUGUUGAAGGAUGGAGACCCUCAAAAACCACACCCUAUCUGGCGGCACAUAUCUAUCUAGCCCAUAUAUGGGAAUACCCUUCCCCCCCCGGAGCUAGAUGCAACAACACUGGCGACCCUAACAAAGGGAUAAGAACGAAUAAAAUCCCAUUUGUCGUAUGGCAUCAUUUAGCUUUUUUUUUUUUUUCAAAAGCUCAAAAAGGGUAAGGGUUAGGGUAAGGGUAAAAGUAAAGGUUUAUAAAACUAUAACAACAGAGCUCGAUUCUGUGAGUAUAUAGAAAGCGGAACAGUUGUCUAUAGCCAUGGAAGGAAAAUUGAAAAAAAACUGUAGUAUGUGAAAGGUUGAGGGUUUCUCCGGUAGGUGCUGUUCAAGGCCCUAUACAAAAUUCUUAAUUAAAUGAGCCGCUAAGAAGGCAUUGAUUUAUCUUCUUUUAACUAAAGUUACUCAGGCUAGAGAAAAUAGAGAAAAUAAGGAGCGCAAACUCUUACUAGCCUGUUGAGAGCCGUUUUAGAGCGAGCAUGGAAAAUUUCUCUAAAACCUUUCUUGCGAAGCCUGGAAUCAUGUUGUUCCGCUCCUACUCCGGGCAAAAGCUGGGGCUGACUUCUUGACGUCAUCGUACUUAUACCGGAUUUUGUGCGAGCUAGAACAGCCGGAAAACUCCCAUAAACUGAGAAGAUAUUGCAAUGUCUCUAGCGAGUUGUUGGGAAUUAAUUUUUCGUCCGAAGUGUCUCGGCUUUACCGCGGUGCCCGUCUUGAAAGAUUCAAAGUACUGUAUUUUUGAGAAUUAGGUACAAUGCAAUGCAGUUCAAAAUGUAAAAAUAUUCAUCUCUAUCUCUCCCUCUUUCGUUUAUUUUUGCAGCUUGCAAGCAAGCACUACCUUCAAAUGAAACAACGUGUAGAGUUAAUUGUUGUGAGGGAGAUAUGUGCAACCAAGAAUCGUCUGGGGUAGUUACGCCAACAGCAACGGUUACUAUGCCAGCGGCAUCCAGCAACGUGUCAACAAAUGUUUCGUUGUCAAGCAACACGACAACCCCCACCCCUGAGGACAAUGAGCCUCCAUCCGCUGGCGUCCCAGAAUUCAGUGCUGUUUUUAGUUCCAUUUUCCUAGGAUUUAUGGUGGCGUUUUUGGCCACAUUAAGCUAA